AUGUCAAAAUUUAAAGCAAGCAAAAUUAAUUUUGUUUUGAGCGCGAUUUUGUCCUACCGGUUUGCUAAGUUUUCUUGUGAGUGUAAGUGGCUGCUGAAAUGCCUAAUUAAUUUUUAUACCUACUUGUAUCUACUAUACUUGUUAAAAUAUUGGAUUGAUGUGCUGUUGCUGGGUUAGAUAUCCCGUUCCCGUCUCAAAAUGGAAGACGAAGAAAUCAUCCAGGAAGAUAAAGAUGGAUCAAUUCACAGCAUUCACGUUCGUAACUUCUUCUGCCAUGAUAAUUUGGAAGUCAAUUUGAACAGAAAUGUUAACUUUAUCGUGGGACGUAAUGGUAGUGGCAAAAGUGCUAUUUUAACAGCAUUAGUCGUUGGGUUAGGGGGCAGGGCCUCGGCUACCAACAGAGGAACUAAUUUGCAUUCUUUUAUAAAGAAAGGGGCUAAUUCAGCCACAGUUGAGAUUAAAAUUAAAAAUAACAGUCCCAGGGCUUACAAGCACAAUGAAUAUGGAGACUACAUUACUAUUGUUCGAACUAUAAAUGCAUCUGGAGGAGGAGGAUAUAAGGUCAAAUCUGCUACAGGAGAAACUGUUUCAACAAAGUUUGAAGAGGUGAAUUCAAUAAUACUUGCCCAUGACAUACAAGUGGACAACCCUAUAUCUGUCCUCAAUCAGGAUGAUGCGAGAAGCUUCCAUGCUUCAGAUGCCAAGAAGAAAUACUCUCUGUUCAGGAAGGCCACCAAUCUGGACCAGACGGAGACCAAUUAUAAGUGGGCUUUGGAUAAUUGCAAUAAAGCCCACAAUAUUUGGAACAGGAAAAAUGAUGCCUGUCAAGUGCUGGAGAAGGACUAUAAAAAAUGGAAGUUGAGUUAUGAACAGCUCCAAUCACGAGAUGAGAUUGAAGCCAAAAAACAAGCUCUGCAGAAUGAGUACUAUUGGAGUGAGAUAGUGGACUUUGAGCGGGAAGCUGGCCAGGUGCAGGCUCAGUAUGAUAAGCAGAACUUGAAGGUACAAAAGAUCACAGAGAAGCUAUCCAAGAUGUCUGAUAGUGUUGGGAACAAUAAGGGAGUUGUUGAACAACUGAAAGGCCAACUUGACGAGAAGAACCUCGAGAAGACAGCAUUGGAACAAGAGCUGCGGGAGCGGGAAGAGUCGGCGCGGACGGCGCAGUCGGCGCAGCGCGCGGCGCUCGCGCAGCGCAGCAAGCUCAGUGUGCGUCACGCGCGUGCGUUGCGCAGGCUCGCCGACCUCCAGCGCGAGAUACACACCAUUCAUUCGGGACAAGCGGUGUCCCGCCGCGCGGAGCUGGAGCGCCUGGCGGCGGACGCGGAGCGCGCGACGACGGCGACGCGCGCGCGCUACGACACGGCGCAGCACGAGGCCGCGCAGGCGCGCGCUGCCGCGGCGCACGCGCAUGCGCAGGCUGACGACGCGCAGCAGCGGGUCGUACGCCAGAGGACGGAAUUGCACAAACUGAAGAGGAUCCUCCAGGACCUGGAGUCCCGCAGCAACGACUCCCUGGCCGUGUACGGCAGCCGCAUGGUGGAGCUGUGCGGGCGCGUGCGCAGCGCUCCGGGGCUCUUCAGUGCGCCGCCUCGGGGACCCGUCGGUGCAUAUUUAAAGGUAAAGCAGAAGCACUGGGGCGGAGCUCUGGAGCACAUCAUUGGCGCCGGCAUCCAGUCUUUUUGCGUUAACACCGCUGAAGACUCUCGUAAACUGUUUGAGAUCAUGGAACAAGUAUAUGGCAAGGAGCCCAAACCAGCGGUGACGUGCAGCAAGUUCCUGAGCAGGGCUCACGACGUCGGCCGCAACAAGGUCCGCGCGGGCGCCUUCUCGUCCGCGCUGGACUCUCUGGACGUCAGCGACCCCGUGGUCGCCAACUAUCUCAUUGAUAAUAUCGGCGUCGAACGUAUACUGCUGGUCAACGAUGAGAAGGAUGCACAAAGGCUUUCGAACCCGAUCGAGAACGUGCCGCAGAAUUGCACGAAGAUAGUGACAAGUGACAACAAGGAGUACUACCCCGCGCCCAACUACCGCAGCUACGGCGGCUCCGCCCGCCCCAGCCGGUACCUCACCGCCAGCACUGCCGAGAGGAAAAUGCAAGUUCGCGCGGAAAUAGAAGAAGCCGAAGCGACGCUGCGCACACUGGAAGCCGAAGCGGAACGCCUCGACGCUGAAGCGAGGACCGCUAGAGACAACGAGCGAGCGGCGUCGAAAGCGCUUCAAGCGCUUGUGGCGUCGCGGCAUACUACGGAGGAAGCGGCGCGGGCAGCCGCUGCAGCGCUUGAUCAACAUCAGGCGCCGCACCACGCCGUGCUGGUGGACGAAUUAAACGUCACAAAAGAGAAUUUGAAGACACUCGAAGAGCAACUACAAAUAUUGGAGAAGCAGGAGCAAGACUUGAAUAACAAGAUUGACCAAUCAGACGGCGGCGUGCGCGACGUGAAGAAGCGUCUCGCUGGUGUCAUUACUUCCAGUAGAGCACUCAUCGAAGAAAUAGAGCAAGAGAAACUCAAGAUCGAGCAAGGUGCGAGCGAGAGGCAGAAUAUGAGUCGCAAGCUCAAAGAGGAACAAACCAAACUGUCCCAAGUGGAAUCCAUUUUGGAGGAGAAGCGCGCCAAUAUCGACAAAUUGACGCAAGAAGCUCUAACACUGUGCGCGAGAGUUGAAAACCCUAGAGACCGCGCGAUCGUGACUCAAGAGCUGAGGAAGACCCAGCUGAAGCUGAGCUCCAUCCGCGACGACGGGCUGUGCAAGGCCGACGUGGCCGAGCAGCUGCUGCGGGCGGAGCGCCGCUACCGACACGCCAAGUCCACGCUCGACCGGCUGAGGAACCUCAUUGAUGACGUUCACAAGACGACAGAGAAGCAUUUGAAGAUCUGUCAGGUGGUGCAGACGCAUAUUAUAAGGAGAGUGAAGUUCUGCUUCCAAUCGAUGCUGAGUCUGCGCAAUUAUUCUGGCAGCAUGGAAAUAGACAUAACGAAGAGCACUCUAGAAAUAAAAUGCACCGGACGGGAUUCUGGGGAAAAACGUCACGCGAACACGACUUCCUCUCUCUCCGGCGGCGAGCGCUCGUACUCCACUGUGGCGUUCAUCAUGGCGCUGUGGGAGUGCGUCGAGCUGCCCUUCUACUUCAUGGACGAAUUUGAUGUGUUCAUGGACAACGUGAACCGCAAGAUAGUGAUGGAGCUGCUGAUAGACCACGCGCUGAAGAACACGAGCAGGCAGUUCGUGUUCCUCACGCCGCAGGACGCCAGCUCCGUCUCCGCCGGGCCCAUGAUCACCAUACACCGGAUGGCCGAUCCGCGACCUUAGGAUAUAAGUAUAUUUUCUUUUAUAAUCCAGUGUGAUUAAUAAUUUUUAAUUAUGUAUCGUUGAUUGUUAUUUUGUGAUAAUAAAGCCAUUGAUUUUGAUUAUAA